AUGCCAUUUCCUCAGAAACUCUGUCAAGUAGAAAAAGAUAAGCAGUUUGCCCAAUUUGCAAAUUACCUCAAGACACUGGAGAUCAAGAUCCCAUUUGCAGAAGCUCUUGAACAAAUACCCUCCUAUGCCAAUGUAGUCAUCCAGAGGACCCUACUAGAGAAACUUCAGGACCCUUGGAGUUUUGUGGUACCCUGCACCCUCGGUGAUGGUUUUACAAGGACAGCCCUAUGUGAUCUUGGAGCGAGCAUCAACCUAUUGCCUUCAUCACUAAUAAAGAAACUUGGGAUCCAAGAAGUCAAGCAUACCCACAUAUGCCUUCAGCUUACUGAUGGUUCCAUCAAGCUCCCAUCAGGAGUGGUGGAAGACAUGAUUGUGAAGGUGAGACCCUUUGUAUUUUCCAUAGACUUUGUGGUAUUGGAAAUGGAAGAACAUAAGAAUGCAUCCAUCAUUUUAGGGAGAUCUUUUCUGGCUACAAGAAGGACCCUCAUUGAUGUGCAAAAAGGAGAAGUGACACUGAGAGUUGAUGAGGAUGAAUUCGUACUGAAUGCUAUCAAGGCCAUGCAGUACCCUGACACCCUAGAAGAAUGCAUGAGGAAUGAUAUCAACGAUCCUUGA